AUGAAGAUGGAGCUUGCCGGGGUUCACUGGGUGCUUGCAGCUGCAGGGUUUCUUCUGUGGACCAGUUGUGCGUCUGCUGCACCCAUGGAGUGCCACUUCAACUCCAGAGCGCUGUGUGUGUUCGAGGGGAGGCACUUCUCACUGGGGGAAACCUGGAUGGACAACGCCUGUAUGCAGUGCACCUGUCUGCACCCUGUUGGCGUUGGUUGCUGCGAGACGGUGCAUCGGCCGGUGGAUUUCCCCGCGUGGUGUGAGGUGCGGGUGGAGCCAGUGACCUGCAAAGUGUCCCUGGUCCAGACAGCCGACCCCCGCCUGCCCUGCUCCCCAGGCCAGGACCUCCAGGACCCGAGCCAUGGAUCGCUUCAGCUGCAGCAGCAGCAGCAACUGGACGGGUAGAAACCUGCUCAGACCAGCGCCUAUCUGUUCAACCUGUUGGCCUGUGAAACCAAUACUCACUAUAGUUUAAUAACCACUUUAUACACCAACAAUUAACAGCAUAUUUUGGAUUGUAUUAUCAACGUAGAGUGAAACUGUCUGUGAAAUAUAUUUAAGUUAACCUGCGGUGUUGUGCAGCAGAGGAUGUUAUAAACACUGAGCACCACAUGAUGAACCAUAUUAACAAAUUUAGGAAAUCAAGGCGUCACUCUUUAGAUGAAGCUUCACUUUGAGUAUAUGUUUGAGCUUAGUUAUUACAGUAAGCUGUCUGUCUGCUUCUUUAAUUAAUCCAAUAACAACUUAUUGUAAAUAUGAACAAAUACAUACGUACAUUAAUAUAUAUAACAAUUCCUGUUGAAUUUGACCUGUUCUCUGCUGUAACUCAUUUACCCUCCAA